AUGGCAGUGGCAAGACCGAAGGUUCAAACGCAGACGCUUUGGGAAGCUCCGAUCAUCUGGGAGGGGAUGUUCGACCCCGAGCUCUACGACCGCACGCACAUCCAGAACCAGUCGACUGUGGCCCUCACCGUGUUUGCUGUGGGAAGGUACCUAGACGCCUACCUCAAGACCUUCCUGACGUCUGCGGAAAAACAUUUCAUGUCGGGAUUACAAGUGACGUAUUACGUGUUCACGGAUCUCCCCGAUAAGAUCCCGGCCGUCGCGCUCGCUCCUCGCCGGAGCCUGAAGGUCAUCCAGGUGGCCAAGCACACCAGGUGGCAGGACAUCUCCAUGAUGCGCAUGCAGGUCAUAUCCAAGGUCAUCGACGAGGACAUCCGCCACCGCUGCACCUACGUGUUCUGCUUCGACGUGGACCAGGAGUUCACGGGGCGCUUCGGCUCCGAGGCCCUGGGGGCGUCCGUGGCUCAGCUCCACGCCUGGUACUACAAGGAACCGCAGAGCAGCUUCACCUACGACCGGAACCCCAAAUCCAACGCGUUCAUGGACACCGGAGAUUACUACUACCACGCGGCGGUCUUCGGAGGCGUGUGGGAGAACGUGAAGGAUUUGGCGGAUUACUGCUUUUUGAAAAUCAUGGAGGACAAGUUGAACAACGUGGAGGCCCUCUGGCACGACGAGAGCCACCUCAACAAAUACUUCUGGCUUCACAAGCCCAGCCGGCUGCUCUCGCCCGAGUACUGCUGGGCCCCGGAGAUCCAGGACAACAGGGACAUAAACGUCACGCGCCUGAUAUGGGCUCCGAAACAUUAUGCCUCACUCCGUAUGGGCUAG